GGCACAGCCUUGGCACAGGGCAGGGGAAGAGCAGCUCUGAGCGGGGAACUCCUGCAGAACCCUCCGCUCUCCCAAGCACAGCGUUCCUUCCUGAUGCUUCAUUUCCACGGUGGUUUCAGUGGAUCACCUGAGCCCUCGUGCAGCCCUGCCUCCAGCGGUUUCUCUUUCCCUUCCUUGUGGUUUUGUGCACUGUUUUUCCCCUCCGUGGUCGUAUAUGUCUCCUUUCCCACUUCCGCAGCUGCCGACACCCCCUCACGCUAUCUCCUUCCCCCGUCCAUGCCGCAGCCUAUUUAUGGGGCGCUGGGCAGGGGCUGGAGCAGAGCAGUGGAGCCGCGAGCAGGGCUGGCGGUGCCACCAUGCGGAGCGUCCCUGGGGCAGGAUCCCUGCUGCUCUGCCUGCUGCCGGCCAUCCUCGAGGCCCACGCUGGUGGGGAGGCGAAGCCCAGGCCUCCACCGUGCCAGCAGAGCCCCACGAAGGUGUCCUGCAGGGCUGCUGGGCUGCACAGCUUUCCCAAGGACCUCCCCCCAGGAGUGAAGCGCCUCGAACUGUCCCACAACCUCCUCCAGAACCUGUCGGAGAGCUGCCUGCCUGCGCUGGGGCAGCUCGAGCACCUGGACCUGCGCUCCAACCGCCUGGAGGCCAUCUCGGGGCUGGCCCGGCUGCCCCGGCUGCACUCACUGCUGCUGGGCUCCAACCGCCUGCACCACAGCUACCAGGACAAUGCGAUGGCUUUCGUCGCACUGCGGGAUAUAGAGGUGCUGGACCUGUCGGCCAAUGGCCUGGAGAGCCACAUGGUGGGGGGGUUCCUGGACAGCCUCACUGCACUGCGGGCACUGCACCUGCCUGGGAACAAGCUGAGCCAGCUGCCAGCGGGCAUCUUCCGGGGCUCCCCGCGGCUGAGAGAGCUGGACCUCAGCAACAACUACAUCAUGGACAUCGAGGAGGGAGCGUUCGAGGCGCUGCAGGAGCUGGCGGUGCUCAGCCUGGCCCUGAACUCCCUGCACUGCCUCUCCAGCUUCAGCCUGAGGCAGCUGCAAGUCCUGAACCUGAGCCACAACGCCCUGGAGCUGUUUGGCUGGGAGGAGGGACAGGGUCCCUACCUGCUCCAGGUGCUCGACCUGAGCCACAACCGGCUGCUCUCCUUCCCGCAGCUCCCGGCCGCGCACCAUCUCGUGCACCUCAACCUCUCCCACAACGCUAUCGCUUCGCUGGACCCCGGCUCGCACCGCCCGGUGCAGUUUGUGCUGCGCUAUGAGGAGGUGGUGAGCUUCAACACAUCGCUGGGCACCGCAGCCAGCCUGACCCGCCUGGCCGAGCUGGACCUCAGCUACAACAGCCUGCAGCUGCUCCCACUGCUGUUCUUCCGUGCCAUGCGCUCCCUGUUCACUCUCAGCGUGGCCAUGAACUGCCUCCAGAACAUCACCAUGGAGCUGCUGACCAGGGACGGGGACAGGGGCAGGAAUGGCACGGCCACGUGGCAGGAGGACGCGGUGCUCUCCGUGCGCUCCGUGGACCUCCAUGGCAAUGCCAUCCGUGCUCUGCCCCGUUGGUUCUUUGAUGCCCUGCCCCAGCUGGAAGCCAUUGACCUGGGCUCCAACAGCUUCCAGCCCUGCGGGAGUGACGUGGGGGGGACGUCGGGAGGCGGCUCUCCAGGGGCAGAACCCUGCACCGCCUUCCACAACAUCCCCCACCUGCAGCACCUCAGCCUUCGCAGGAACAGCCUCACCCAGCUGCUGCCCCGCACCUUCAGCCAGACCCCGCUGCUCUCCCUGGACCUGUCCGAGAACCGGGGCCUGACCGUGCCACGGGCAGCGCUGGAGGGGCUGGAGCACUCCCUGCAGCAUCUCUGGCUGCGGGGAAACCACAUGGACGACAGCGGGGCUGAGAUCCCCUGCCUGGAUGAGCUCAGGGUGUUGGACCUCUCGGGCAACCGCCUGAGCCUUCUGCCCACGGGUUUGUUCUGCUCCCCGCUGCAAAUCCUGGAUGUCAGCGACAACGAGCUGCCAGCGCUGCCCGAGCAGGCACUGGUGGGGUGGACCCACAGCCUGCGGGCACUGUGCCUGGCAGGGAACCCCUUCCAUUGUUGCAGGCUGGGCUGGUUGGAUGCGCUGCAGGCAGCAGGUGUGCAACUGCCCGACGUGCACCGUGCGCGCUGCACUCAUCACAGCGUCACAAACAGGACAGCCCCGCUCAGCAGCCGCCCGCCGUGGCCGUGCCCGCAGCCCUGGGGUGGCAGCUCAGUGCUGGUGCUGGCCCUGCUCGGCAUCCUGCUGUGUGCGGGCUGCGGGGCGUGCCGGCUGCGGGGCCGCGGGGUGGGGGUCCUGCCUCCCCAGCCCCAAACAGAGAGAGCGGCCGGGGGGGGGCCAGCACACAGCGACACUAAAGUAUAGCCGGGAGAACAAACUGCAGCUCCG